AUGUCCAUUCCCGGUCUAGGACAGAUCCCCGUCCAGACCACCGCAAGCACCACCCGCACAUUCAAGCUCGCACCGCUGUCAGAAUGGCGCUUCUCCGUUUCGCAGCCGGCUGUCAAGGUCCGCGUGCUGUCCGGCACGGCUGAGCGCGACGGCACGGAGCUGGCCACCAGCCAGACCUACAGCUUCGCUGGGACGCAGUCCAAGAUCCUAACGUGGCCCGGCUGCGAGCUCGAAGUGGAAGGCGCAUGCGACCAUGACGAGGUCGUCCCGGGGGGUGUCAAGAGCGAUGCCCGAAGCGGUGCCAACGCCGCCCAGUCGCCCAUGAUUUCCUACAUGAACCUCCAUUUGCUGCUGGCGUCCCAGCGUGCCACGGCCGCGUCGGUGCCCCGUGGCAGCCCGGGCUCGGCAGGGCCACGACUCCUCGUCUGCGGACCUCCUCACUCGGGGCGCACGAGCUUGGUGCGCAUGCUCACGGCAUGGGCGACCAAGAUGGCUAGCUUCGCGCCGCCGCCACCACCACCACCACAGCCAUACCAACAGCCACAACAGCCGCCGCCGCCGCCGCCGCCACACUACCAGCAGCCGUGCGUGGUCAAUGUCGACCCGCAGGAAGGCCUCUUGAGCCUACCGGGGACGUUGAGUGCGGCCGUGUUUGCGACGCUCAUGGACCUCGAGACCGAGGGCGGUUCGGGCUGGGGCGGUGCACCCAGCAGCGGCCCCAGCGCCGUGCCCGUCAAGCUGCCGCUCGUCUACAACUACGGCUAUGCACGGCCCAGCGAUGCGCCAGAUCUGUACCGCGGACUCGUGACACGGUUAGCAGGUGCCGUCGCAUCGCGCGCGUCGGAGGACGCCAAUGUGGCGGCCAGCGGUCUCUUGAUCGACACGCCGGCCGUGACGGCCGACGAGAGUGGCAAGGCAAACGGCAAUAACAAAAACAACAACAACGGCAAAUUCGGCCAUUUAAUGUCCAUGGAUCUGCUGGCCCACAUCAUCGACGAGUUCUCUGUGAACCUGGUGGUUGUGCUCGGCGACGGCGCAGCCAGCACGGCCAUCCAGCAGGCCCUGACCAACCGCUUCCAGGGCGAGACAACGACCUUCGGCGAGCCCAUACAGAUCGUCCAACUCGACGCCUCCGACGGCGUGGUCGACCGUAGCGAUGCUGUUGAGCAGCAGCAGCGGGAGGCGUGCAUCAAGGAGUACUUUUUCGGCGAUGCCAAACGGACGCUGAGUCCGUACACGCAGCAAGUCGACGCCGACGCCUUGACCGUGCUGCGCCUGCCGCCGGGAGACAAUGCCGCGCGUGCCAACGGCGCUGGUGGCUCUGGUGACGAUGGCCACGAUGGCGACGCGGGUGUUGACGACGGGCCCGACGAAGAGGGCGCCAUCGGCGAGCACAACCUCGAAAAAGUGGACGCGGGCCCGUCGCUGGCGCAUUGGACGCUGGCUGUGAUGAACGCGGGACUGCACGACCCGCCGGACGUGAUCCAGCACGCCCCUGUGCUUGGUUUCGUGUACGUGGCCGAAGUCGAUGCCGAGCGGCGCAAGGUGCGCGUCUUGGCGCCGCUCAGUGGACGCCUGGGCGACCGGCCACUCGUGUUUGGGCGGUGGCCGGAACCGUACAUCAACCUGGUCGGGUGA